AUGGAUCCUUGGGGAACUCCCAUAUUUAUUCUCAAAGCUAAAGCAGUCAGGCGAUUAGAAUUAGAAUUAACUCCAGUAUCAAUACCAUUUGAUGAAAAUACAGAAAAUGUUGCUUAUGGUAUUAAACUUCUUCAUCCAAUUACAUUAGGUCCCCGACGAGAAUAUGAGGUUGAAGCACAAGUUCCCAUUCCAACAGCUGACACAGUUAUAUUUCACCCAAAACAACAACUUCAACAUAAUCCGGCAAUUUUGGUGCCACAUGCAUUACUAAAAAUUACAAAUUAUACGACAAAAUUGACGGUAAUCAAUCUAAAUGACCAGCCAAGACACAUUCCACAAAAUAUCAGAUUAGGUGUUAUUACCUAUGCUCCAUCUAGUGUGCAAUGUUUUGCAUCAACUACAUCAUCACCAUCAAAGCGACACUCAUGCUUGGAUAUUCAACACCAUGAUGGCAAAACCCAUCAAUCACCAAUAUCAAAUGAUAUUGAUAAUACCAUACAUAAACUGAUCAGCCAUUUAGAUGAACAAAAAUAA